AGAACUCCUUGUGGUUGCUACUGUCCUUUUGGUUUUAGUUAGCAGCGGCAGUGUUCUUGUUGUAUUAUGGAUACGUGUACCUGGCAGGGCUUGCUGCCACAGAACCACACAAGUGAAACACAGCCUCUGUGACUGCGGUUAUCCUGCAGAACUGAGCGUCUUGCUACUUUGGUGGCCUUCCUUCCAUCCGCCCCUCUGACAACCAGAGCUGAGAAUGGUAUCAAAAAUGUCACCCUGCUCUUAGGGAUCAUGUGGCCCCUUGUGCUGUGUCGGAGCUCGAGAGACGGUCUUGAGCAGAGAACCGUGACACUGCUGGAAGCAGUCAUUGUGAAGGUUUGGCAGAAAGAAUAAGUAAACCAUUUUCAGAACUACCUCAGGAGUUUUAAUUCAUCAUCAGCUACCUGAUUUAGGUUGAAAAACUGGUUGUUUUCUCAGGGGCCAGUGCGCUUUGUUCUUGCCGAGUCUACUGGUAUCUGUUAUGGAUUGAGCAGAAGGAGAGCAUCAGAGGGAGCCUCUGUCCUGAGGGUUUGUUUAGGGUCUUUAGAGAUAUUCUUUAAAAUCCAAAUAGACAAUUCAAGAAGAUGUGGAUAUCCUAAAGGAGAGGGUAUGCUUUUGGUAGAGAAACCUUUAUAAUUUAUAGCCUUUAAUUUUAUCCUGGUAUCUAACUGCUGUGGAUACAAGUAAACUUUCUAAAUGAGAUGCGGGUACCAUCUGUUCUGGUAGGCAGUCUGAAGCACAAGCUUCAAGGCAGAUUUGCCCUGUUUGUUUCAGCAAGGCUGUGGGGUUAUAGAUACCAGUGUUGAAAAUUGAGUUCCUGCAUAUGUGCAAUCUCAGAUGCUCUGGAAUAACAAGAAAACACGGUCCUGGGAUUGAGAAGUGCUUUUGAAGGUCCAUUAACGUGGGAGAUGGGAAAGCUUGCACUCCUUGUACUACUCUGACAAAUUAGCAACUAAGGUAUAAUUUGCAUGAUUGAUGACUUGGAUGCUGCUUGUGUGCUUCACAAACUUGGGCAGCACAGAUGUGGUUCUUACAGUGGGCAUAGGGCAUCCUCCUGGGAAGGGCUUGACUGAUGGGUCCCGCAUGGAGCUUCCCAAGUUGUGGAUCAGCUGUAUGUUGAGGUGGUGUGCUUGGAAACACUGCUCCCACGGUGCUGGUUUUGUUCAGGCAUUUUUGUUCUCGAUUGAGAACAUGAUCAUGAGAACACUAAAUUUUCGAGUCUGCAUUAUGAUUAAACAUGCAGGUGGAUCACUCCAAUAAAUUAAGUGGCUUUUCUUUUCUUUUUGAAAUAUCCAUGUCAUGGACUAAUGGCUUUCAGCCCAGGGGCUGGGAAUUCCCGGGGGUCUGUGAACUGUUUCUAAGGAGCAUGUGAGCAGUGAAGAAAAGAGAACACAUCGCUAGAGGGCUUAGAUUUGCUGACUGCUAAACAUUUAUUUUUAGGAUGAGGGGCUUGCAAAUCAGGAGCCACCACCAUUGAGCAAAGGCUCUGGUUUACCUACUUCAAGGCUAGAUUGAAACGUAUUUAAUGACAUGCAGAAGUAUAUAAGCUUUGGGAAAAACUUUUUCCAAAACAAUAACUUCCAAGAGCUUGUUGGCAGUUAAACCUAAUGGAGAGCCUUGGCUCUGCAAGUACAUCAGUGUGGGUGAACUCUUGUGCUUACAGGUCACACUGCUGGACUGGGGCCCGCUCAGGAAAUUCAAAAGCAAGAGGUUCCUGUGGCAUUGCUCAUAGAUCUUUCUAUGUGUGCAGUUGAAUGCAGUGAAUUACGUCGUUUUUUUGAGGUGAAUAACAGGAAUGUGUUGUAACUGCCGAGUCAGUGCUGCCUCUGGAAUGUUUCCUGACUGUCCAGCAAUCUUUUAAUUAUUUCUGCUCCUGAAGCCUGAUGCUGUCCCUUAGCAUGGCUCUUGGGGUUCUGCGUGUUUAAAUCUGUAAAGCUCGUCGCAAUCACUAGCAGGCAUCCUUUGCUCUUUAGGCUACUGUAGGAGUGAGGCCUGCAGUGUGCUGAACCAAAGGUGCACACGUACUUGUGGGCACUGGUGGCUGCUUCUGGAUAUAUGUAAACUCCAUAUGACACUUCUGGAUAUUUGAAACUACAUGCACAAAUGGGUAAGUUGACUCCAAUAGGUUGCAAGAUCUAAACUGGGUAAGAAUGAAAUUGCGCAGGCAAAAGUUUCAAAGCUAGGCUGGGAUAGAAUCGUUUGCCUCAGCUCCACAGGGGGAAAUCCAUUGGGAAAGCAUGGGAUGAAAAAAAAAAAAAAAAAGUUCUUGUUUGCGUUUUCCCUCUUUGAUUUAAAGAUGUAACUUGCUCCUUUAAAUUUCCCUCGGGCCGGGAGCCAAAUUGUGCUGCCUUGAAGACGAUCACAAAGCAGACUUCACUGGAAAUGGAAUUGGGCUCCCAGCAUGGAAAAUAGCAAUUCAAAAGAACUUUUUUCGGUAGAUUUAUGUGCAAAUGAAAAGAGGGAGUUACAGUGAGUUGCAUAGCUGUGUAGGAACUAUAAUUAUAGUGAUCUCUUCAAUACUUGGGGUAACUACAUUUCUCCCCUGUGGUGCAGGAUUCGGCCAUGCUUCUUGCCAGACUGACUGGGAUCCCCAAAUCUCCUCUGAGGCCUCCUUAGCAUUGUUUCCAUCAAGGAGUUCACAGCCGAUCGUGAGGAGCAGAGCUCCCCUCCUCCUGCCUCUGGAAGGACUCCUUGCAAGUGAAGAGCACUUGCUCCCCAAGGACCAGGCCUCACUAAUGACUGGGAAGCAAAGAGUACUCAGGAAAGCACUUUUAUCACGGACUCCACCUCAGGAGCACCGAGAACUCGUCUUCUAAACAAAAUCCUUGUGGACCCCAUGUCUGCUGCAAUGGAUACAGAAUCGACAUAUUCGGGAUACUCCCACUACUCAGGUCACUCCAAAAAAGCCCACAGACAAGGGAGUCGGGACAGGCACAAAUCACCACGAAGCAAAGAUGGCAGUCGGUCGGAGAAGUCCGUCACUAUCCAGACACCUCCUGCAGAACCGCUGCUCGGGAAUGACGCCUCUCGAACAGAGGAGGGCCAGGAUGACAACUGGGGUGAGACCACAACAGCAAUCACAGGUACCUCUGAGCACAGCAUUUCCCAGGAGGACAUAGCCAGGAUCAGUAAGGAUCUGGAGGACAGCGUUGAGUUGGACUGCAAACGUUACCUUGGUUUAACAGUGGCAGCUGUUCUCGGACUCCUCGUCUUCCUUACCCCCAUCGCCUUCAUUCUGUUGCCCCAGAUCUUGUGGCGGGAUGAUCUGGAGCCGUGUGGUACUGUCUGUGAGGGACUGUUCAUCUCUGUGGCAUUUAAACUGCUCAUUCUUCUGAUUGGGACCUGGGCUCUGUUUUUCCGCCAGCCCAAGGCAGACAUGCCAAGGGUGUUUGUGUUCCGGGCCCUCUUGUUGGUCCUCAUCUUCCUGUUUGUGUUUUCCUACUGGCUUUUUUAUGGCGUUCGCAUCUUGGACUCAAAGGACACCAACUACCAAGGAAUAGUGCAGUAUGCAGUGUCUCUGGUGGAUGCACUGCUCUUCAUUCACUACCUGGCCAUUGUCCUGCUAGAGCUACGGCAGCUGCAGCCCAUGUUUACUGUCAAGGUUGUUCGUUCAACAGAUGGAGAAUCGCGAUACUACAGCUUGGGGCACUUGAGCAUCCAGCGAGCUGCAUUGGUGGUUCUGGAAAAUUACUACAGAGAUUUCCCCGUCUACAACCCAGCGCUGUUAACAGCCUCCAAAUCCCGUGCUGCCAAACACAUGGCUGGCCUGAAAGUCUACAAUGUUGAUGAAGGCCCAGGGAACAACGCCUCAGGGCAGUCCCGUGCCAUGAUCGCAGCCGCAGCCCGGCGCAGGGACUCUAGCCACAAUGAGCUCUACUACGAAGAGGCCGACCACGAGCGCCGAGUCAAAAAGCGUCGUGCAAGGCUUGUGGUUGCGGUAGAGGAGGCCUUCACUCAUAUCAAACGCCUCCAGGCAGAGGAACAGCAAAAAGCUCCAGGAGAGAUGAUGGACUCUCGAGAAGCAGCCCAGGCGAUCUUCCCGUCCAUGGCAAGAGCUCUGCAGAAGUACCUUCGUACCACCCGCCAGCAGCAGUACCACAGCAUGGAGAGCAUCCUGCAGCACUUGUCCUUCUGCAUCACAAAUAACAUGACACCAAAGGCGUUCCUGGAGCGUUACCUCAGCCCUGGCCCAACCCUCCAGUACGACAGGGAUCGCUGGUUCUCCAAGCAGUGGACACUCGUUAGCGAGGAAGCAGUCACAAGUGGGUUGCAAGAUGGAAUUGUUUUUGUCCUCAAGUGCUUGGACUUCAGCCUUGUUGCUAAUGUGAAGAAAAUUCCCUUCAUCAAACUCUCUGAAGAGUUCAUAGACCCUAAAUCUCAUAAAUUUGUCCUUCGCUUACAGUCCGAGACUUCAGUCUAAGGGAUUUUGAGGAUGGGUUGUUUGGAAUUUUUUUUUUUUUUUUUCACUAUUCUGCUUUUGGGUUUUAUUUCCCCAAUGCUGACUGAAACUGGCAGAUGAUGGACCAGUAAUAUUUGACCAUCUGCACUUUAUUUGGAAAGGGGUGGAGGGAGCUGGGAUAUCUUAUCUAGAAAGGAAUAUCUUAAGAGGCGACAGGGUGACUUGGCUUGGUUAGCUCAGCCUUGGAGACAGAACAGAUUUUUUUUUCCCCUUUCCAGGCAUAUUGUGAAUCUCACGCUCUCUUUCUCUGCACAGUUGCAAUGUCUGUAUUUCUGUUGGAAUGCUGCCUUACACUCUGUGUGUGUGCUUUUGCUACCUGUUUCUCCUGAAAACAGGCUGCUCACCUCUCCACUACAGAAGCCUGCUUGUACAGAGAGAACUUACAGUUUCUUUUCAUGUGGAAGUGAGAGAGUGUGAGAGGUUUCCUUGUGUCAGCUACAUAAUAAGUAAGACUGAAGAUCUGUUUAUUUUUUUUUUCCUACUCUGUGUGUGUUUUCUUAUCAGUGCUGGAUCUGUGUGAACAAAGUGGGAUGGUUUUGCAGUCUGUUUCUGUCUCUGUGAAGUUGCUUGUGUCAACCUGGAUCAGCCCAUCUUGCUGCUCUUCCAAAAUUCUUUUUAGCAAUGCUUGUUAGUGGAAACAGUUCUGCAUGCCACUUUUGCCUCUUUUGUCUCAGUGUUUGUCCCUCUCCUUUGCCAGGCUCUCCAAAGCUCCCCAGUCUGCUUUCCAAACGUGUUUCUCUAGCCCCAGUGCCCUCGGGGUCUGCCUUACCCUUCUUCCUCUCACACCUGCGGGGGCUGCACAUUUGCACAGGGUGGGUAAGUAGCUGGCUCCUUCUCAGAUGCAUCACAGACACUGCUACGUCUGCAGCCCUGCAGAGGGGAAGAAGAAAGCAUGCAGGAAUGUAUCCCUCCAUAUCCAAGGGGUUCAGUGUGUCUGGAAAACAGACGAGCAAAAACGCUUCCCUCCUUGAAGAGUGGAGCCAGGAAAGGGCUGGCUCUACUGCUCCCCUCUUGCUUUGAAGAACCGCCGUGAUGUUGAAAUGCUGCAGUGCGUCCUUCCCCGCCUUCAACAAAGCUGGGAAAUACCAAACGGUCUGAAUGCUGAAAACCUGCCUACCUUUCUUGGCCUUUUUCUGCUGUGGGGGUCUCUCCGUUCUCAGUGCCAGGAUGGCCUGCUGCUUCUUUGCUCUUGUGAGAGGUGCUUAGCUCUUAAUUUGAAAGGUUUCUUCGUAAGAUGAGCCUGUCUGGAUGCUAGUUAUGAGCACUGUGUGACUGCAGAGCCACCUCUGGGCCUGGCAGUGACUCGUCUUCAGGUGGGCCCCUCCUAGAGGCCCUGAUCUGUGGUGACAGAUUCAAGUGGAAAUGCUGGAUUCAUCCUGCCCAGUCUUUUGCCAUGAGAAGAUCUGUAUCUAGCAUGAGCCAACCUGCCUUCCAUGGAGAUCUCUUACUGCAAAGGGCCCUGCUAGUGAGGUACACCCAAUGCCAUUCACUUCUUUAUCUUCUGUGGUGGCCCAUGAUAGCUUCCUACAGCCUCUUUUGCCUACCCCAGGCCUUCCUUGGGCUCCAUCAUCAGUCCACUGGGCUGCUUCCCUGCUCCAGCAGCGGUAGUUGAGAAGGAGCCACAUGUCCAGCAGCCCCAACUGGUCCUCUUGGGUUUGAGGGAGCUACCAGCCACCUGAGCUCCCUGGUGAGGGAGGGUCCCAGGUGGAGAUUCCCCCAGCCAAGUAUAACCCAUGGUCUGUGUGGCCUCCCGCUGCUGGCAGCUUUCGUCUGAAUGUGUAAUACUCACCUCCAUCCUGUGGCCUCUGUGUGAUGUGUCAGAAUUGGUUGUGAAGAAACAAAACGUGCGUGAUGAGACCAAGCCUAUCUAUGCCCCUUCAAGGAUGAGAAGUAGGUGGAGUUUUCCUUGUCUAAACUCAACGCCUGAGUUUCUUUCUAGGUCAGACUUCCUUGCAGUCUGUGUCUGUACAGGGACUUUUUUACUGACUGUGGCCUUUGCAGUAUUUUAGUUUGGAAAAACACAGAUUUAUUCCCUCCUUAAAAACAAAACAAACAAAAAAGGUGAUGGAGCAUACAGUAUCUCACAUGUAGCUCUCCUGAAGGUGUAUGUAUUUGUUUUUUAUGGUGUACAUUACCAGCCAGGGCAGGAGAGACUGGGAGUAGCAUGGGCACUACAAAGCACUUCUGCUUAUGGCUAAACCAGCUUGGAUGUGUGCAGCCAGAGAGAGAACUGCUGUGCCGGGGGCUUGGGUGUGCCCUACACAUGGGAGCACCUUGGUUAGGGCACUGCUCCAUAAAACCUUCCUUUCCCAGGAUUUCCUCUCCCCGACGAUUGGCCUGUCUGACAGUGUCUGCUCAGGAAACUCAUGUCUUAAUCCUUAGUUGCAUUGAAUCCUUAAGCACAUGGAAAGCCAGAUGGAAGCAAGGCAUGCUCACUCUGGAUCUGCUUCCUAAUCUGUGCUACCUUCUCUGCUGUCAGCCCCUGCUUUAAGCACUCUUCCCAGUGUUGAGGUGAAUGCUUUGCUUGAUAAAAUCUGAACGAGAGAGCUUCACCUCUCAAACAGGCUGCUUACUGCAGAGUUGCAACCUGUUCCGAGCUGAGAACAGUCUAUAAGGGAAUCUGAACUCCUGGGUAUUCCCAGUUUUUUUUUAUGAUUUUUUAUUUCUCCAGCUCUCUCUUUAGGGGCUUGUUUCCCCUCCCCAUGCAAAAUCAAGGGACCACGAUCAUACCUACCUCAGUGGGCUGUUGUGGGCUAAACUCAGUGCAUCACGAAGUGCUUUGAAAUCCACAUAUGGAUCUGUGGAGUCUGUAAGAACUCAGGCUCUUGGUAAAAAUCCUAAGCAGUGAGAGCAGACUGGUUUGUUUAAUUCUGUUUCUAGCCAGCUAAUGAGUAAGAAUUGAGUCACAGGGAACAAAGCUCUGAAUCCAAAUCCUGCAGUCCUUACUCCUGGAAAGCUUGCCAAGAGUUGAGCGUAAAUAAGGCUUGUACAGUUUGCCAGCCAAGCACAGGCUGCUUCUCUCCAAAUGCCUCCUAUUCUGCACCAUCUCCUUGUGUGUUAAUCUCCCUCCUGUCGCCCAAGCUUGUAUGCUCUUAUCUAAUUGAGAAGUGAUUUUUAGAAAUGAGUGGUUUUUGAGAUAACCCUGUUUGUAGUGAAGGCUGAGCCCAUGCCCCUCAGAGGAGGACCUUAUGCUGCACCAUUCAGUAGAGUGCUGUGUUGGCCCACUCCUCUUUUCCAUGUGUGAUUCUCAAGUAUGCUGCUCAAACAGUUUAAAGACUCAUAUUUGUUACAGCCUAAAUCCAAAACCAUGCUGAGAUCUUCCUAAACCAGAUGCAACAAAGACUUUCAGCUGCUUCAAGGAAAAUGGAAAUGACUGUGGGUUUUCACAAAGGCUGACUCUCUUUCAUGGCCGAAGAGUGGAAAGUUAGGAUUUCUCGCAGCUUCUAAGAGCACAGGGUAGUAGACCUUGGCAAACACACACCCUGCAUGCAGCAGAGUAUCUGCUGAAGGUGUACUCUGCAUGGAAGAGUGGCAGAGCAAGGUCAGCUCCAGAGUAUACCCUGCUUUGGGGUUGUGCUUGGCUCUUUCAAGGCAGCAGGAGAAAUCCACUCUGGAGCAGCAUCUUGGAGACAGAUUUCAGCUUUUCCUCUGGUGUUCUGCUACCUCUGAAGUCUUCAUGCCAGCAGAUCCAGUCACUCCACCUUACUGGCUGUGUUCAAUUGAGUUUCCUGCUGAGGAGGAACAAAUACCGGGUGGGAUGUGAGGUGCUGGCCUUGGAGCCUGAGACAGCUUGGGGUAGGACACAAGUCUGGGAGAGAGCUGAGCAAAUUGGAACCCGCAAAGAGCUUUUCUUCUUUUGCUUUGGGAUGCUCCACACAAAGUGUAGGGAUUCCACUGUUUCUAAGCAUGCCAGAAGCUGUGGAGAAGCAGUUUCUAAAACUGGCCGUGCAGAAGUAGCUUGUAAAAGUCUUGUUUGAGAUGUGCAUGUUCCAACGCUCGUUAGUGAAGAAACUGGAAAGAUCUAUACUAUGCAAAAUGUGGAAACCUACUCAGGCCAAUUUCAUCUUGCUCACAGAAACUUUUCAAUCUUCUCUUUUUUUAAAAAGGUAAAUGAAAAAUCUUGCAGUCUAUUAAAGAAUGCUGCCAUCUGGCCCCAGGCUCUGCUCAGCUCUGCCCUGCCGUCCAAGAGGUGUUUUGAGAUGUUUGUACAGAUGUCUGUUUUCUCAUUCAGCUUGUGCGUGGAUGUGCUUCUCUCUUUAUAGGUGUAUGCAUUGUACUUGUCUAAAGCCUUGAGCCAAGCUUGGUGGUUCAGUGUUUGAAUUGUGAAGAAGGAAGCACUCUUGGGAUCAGAUUGUUUUGGUUUAUUUUUUUUUUUU